AAACAACUAAUUAAUUUGAAACAGAUGGAGUAAUAAUUGAUUUCCAGUUAUUGAUGGUAAUUAAAUUCAUUAAGCUAAUUUCUAUGGGCAUCCAGAAAUAGUUAAUAAAACAAAUUUAAUCCCAAAAGUAGAAAUAAAUCAAUAAAUAAGCAAAGCAGAAGGCCUACUCACUGAAGUCUGAACAUGCAAUGCAAGCUGAAAUAAGCAAAAUGAAAACUGCCCAACUCUCUCUUUCCCUCUCUCUGCGUGUAUGUAUAUAUGUAUGUAUCUUUUUUGCGCGUGGACCCUGCGCGUGUGUGUGUAUAUAUGUGUCUGUGUGUGUAUCCGCUUCUCAGUUCCUAAACAGAAGAGAGAAGAGGAGGUUUGCUGUAAGCCAUUGUUUAUUUAUCAAUUGAUUGUAACUUCACUUCUCCAAUCGGAAUACCCUGGAAAAGAGCAAUUAGGGUUACCGAUAUACUUAUCUAAUUCACCGGCGAAAUGUGUAGACCAUGGCAUUUCUGCACCUUGAUUUUGUUUUUCUGGCUUUGCUCAUCGCCGCCUGUUGUCGCCGGCCGCCGAGGAUCUAGCAGCGGAGGCGGCAAAUGGCAAACGCUUACCGGAAAUCCGCCUUUGGUUAUAGCAAAAGGUGGAUUUUCAGGGAUUUUUCCCGAUUCGAGUUUGAAUGCCUAUCGAUUAGCUGUGGAGACUGGCUUGCGUAAUUCACUUGCGUGGUGUGAGGUUUACCUCACGAAAGACGGAGCUGGAAUCUGCUUCCCGGAACUGCGGCUGGAAAAUGCUUCGAACAUCGGUGAAGUUUACGGAGACAAGCACAACACCUACACCGUGAACGGCGUCUCAGUCGAAGGGUGGUUUGCUCUGGAUUUCACCCUCGAUGACCUGGCAUAUGUCCAACUGAGACAAAGGAUCUAUGCACGUUCCGACAAGUUCGAUAGUACUGCAAGUUCAGUUCAAUCUGUCGACGAUGUAGUUGACCAAGCAAAUCCAGUUGGAUUAUGGUUAAAUAUUCCGUACGACGAAUUCUACAGCCAGCAUAAUCUGAGUGUGAGGAGCUUUGUUAUUUCUGCAACCAGACGAAUGAAUGUUAGUUAUAUUUCAUCACCCGAGGUGGGCUUUUUGAGAAGUACCGUAUCACGAUUCAGAACAGGCCCGACAAAGCUUAUAUUUCAGUUUCUUGGACCGAACGAUAUCGAGCUUUCGACCAACCAAACGUAUAGCUCGCUGGCCAAGAAUCUUACAUUCAUCAAAACCUUUGCGUCGGGAAUUCUUGUUCCCAAGAGCUACAUAUGGGUAGUUGACAGCGGCUUGUAUUUACAGAACUACACCUCUCUCGUACUGGAUGCCCAUGAAGCUAGUCUGCAAGUAUUCGCAUCCAAUUUUGCGAAUGACGCAUUUAUGGCAUAUAAUUACAGCUACGAUCCUGUGGCUGAGUAUCUCUCCUUUAUUGACAACGGCCUAUUUUCUGUUGACGGCGUGUUGUCCGACUCCCCAAUUACCGCAUCUUCAACCAUAGAUUGUCACUCACAUAUCGCCAAAAAUGAGACAGCGCAAGUUGAACUUCUGAUUAUAUCUUCUGAGGGAGCCAGUGGGGACUACCCUGGCUGUACCGACAAGGCAUAUGCUAAAGCUGUAUCAGAUGGCGUAGAUAUUCUCGACUGCCCCGUUCAAAUCACAAACGAUGGAAUACCCUUCUGCUUGGGAUCGAUCAACCUCAUGGAUAAAUCCAAUGCUGUCGAAUCAAUUUUCAGCAACAUGGCAACAACUAAUCCAGACCUUAACAUAAGAGAUGGAAUUUUUGCCUAUAAUCUCACGUGGAGCCAGAUUCAGACGUUGAAGCCUGCUAUUUCUAAUCCAUAUUCAAACUACUCUCUGUUUCGGAAUCCAAGAGCCAGAAAUGAUGGGAAGUUUAUGCAGUUAACUAACUUUUUAGCGUUCGGUAAUAAUUCAUCGUCUGUCAAAGGAGUCUUGAUCAGUAUAGAGAACGCCGCAUACUUAGCUGAAAAGCAAGGAUUAGGUGUAACCGACGCUGUGCUGAAUGCUUUACGAAAAUCCGGUCAUAAUAAUCAGACAUCCAAGAAAAUCAUGAUUAAAUCCAGCGACAGUGCCGUGCUCGAAAAAUUCAAGAGCAGCGGAAAUUACGAGCUUGUUUACCUAGUCGGUGAGGACAUAAGCGACAUCUUGAACUCGACCAUUGUUGAGAUCAAAGAAUUCGCUACUGCCGUGGUCAUCUCUAAAAGAUCCGUCUUCCCCACCGAUGAGUCCUAUAUGACUGGUCAAACAAGUGUUGUUCCAAAGAUACAGGCAUUUAAUCUCCCAGUCUACGUGCAGAUCUUCCAGAACGAGUUUGUAGCUCAAGCAUGGGACUUCUUUUCCGAUGCGUAUCUUGAGAUGUUAAAUUACGUGGAUGCUAUGAAUAUUAAUGGCGUCGUAACAGAUUACCCGGCAACAGCUGCAAAAUUCAAAAGAAAUCGAUGUCUCGGGUACAAAAAUAGACCACCAUACAUGACUCCUGUACGGCCCGGUGGUCUUAUCAGUCUUAUGGCGCCCGGCUCUUUGACGCCAGCUGAGGCUCCAUACCCGGUUUUGACGGGUGAUGACGUGGCGGAGCCUCCUCUACCAGCUGUCAUCGAGAGAACAGAUGGCAACGGCUCAACGGCUCCAGCUCCAAGAAAUGGUCAGGCUAUACUUAUUCCAAGCAUCACCACCACCCUCAGUACUAUUGCUGCUUCUGUUGCAAUUUCCAUCAUUUUUUAAUAAUGUUAUAAUUAAAUUUGAUAUCACUCUGUUUGUUUGGCAAAGGUGAUGUACUCUUUAUUGCAUCUUCUAAUACAUGGGCUAUUAUAUAUAUAUAUAUAUAUAUAUAUAUAUAUAUAUAUAUUAAAGCAGUGUGCGUGCAUGCAGCCAAAUU